CUAACAAGUAUGGUGGUAGAUUACUACAAUCACCCCAACCCAAUAAACAACGUGGUCAAUAUCGGCUGGUUAGUCCUCCUCCACCGCGGAUUCGUCCAACAGCACUGUCCCGCUCCACACUGAAUCCUCCAUUUCACUUCAAAAGUCCUCCUUCUUAGUUUUAUCCACCACCACGGUCCCGUUGACCGCCAUCUCCGCCACCGUCUUCGCUGAGUCUUCGCUCAUUUUAUGAAACAUGUCUUUAGAACAGACACUAAGUAUUGAAAGUGGAAAGGGGAUGCAAGAGUUGAGCUCGAGCAGCAGUAGCGAAGUAGAAACUUCUAGGAGUGGAGGGAGUGAGAGGGUUAAAGGUGAAAUAGAAGAGGUUGGAGUUCUUUCUAAUGUGUUAGAGGUGGAUGACAAUAGGGCUAAGUACUAUAAUGAGGAGGAGGAGUAUUCCAUCCCAGGGCACGUCUUGCUUAGGCUAGCUGAGGAGAUGGAACGAGCAUGCUCGGCUCUAAGAGACCAUUGGAUGCCAAUAUAUAGGCACUACUUGAUAGUUGGGCCUAGGUUUCCAGUGCCCGAGCUGUUAGUAGCAUUGUUGGUGGAGUACAGGCUAGGGAUAACACAACUCGUCCCAAACGUUGUUCGGUCAGAUGCAAAGCUAGCUGAGGUUUGUAGGUGGAAGAGGAAGAAGGCUAACCACAACCAAUAUUCACUAAGUGCGAGGGAGCAGGAUAAGGUGGAGAGGUUGGAGAGAAGGGGUGGGGAGGUGAUGGAUAUCAUGUAUCUCACCAGCCCGGAGAUGAGAGAUGAACCGACUGUUGUCUGGAGGCAAGACCAUUGCCCUCCCGGAGAAGAGGUCCAAGGCCCCAGGGGAAGGAGUCGAAAAGGAGUCCCCUAUUCUAAGGUAGAAAUCGAGCUUUUACGAAAAUACAAGCAAGAUUGCUGCCAAGCGCUUUAUCAGAUCCAUUUUCCCAAGGUGGAUCUCAAAAAAGCUAGGCAUGAGGUGGACGAGCACGAAGGUUCUGGCGUUGUCCGCCACAUGCUCGAGAUGGUGAACCUUGUGAAUGCCUUGGUAGUUGAAUAUUAUGACUGCUUCAAGAAGAGGAACAACCUAGUUGAGAAGAAUCAAGAGCUCAACCAGCAGAAGCAGUCAGCCAAGCAGAACUUCAAUGAUCUAACCUCGGAGCUCGAGAAGGUUAGGGAGGAGUUGACUUUUGCCAAGGCGGCCACCAAGGCCGAGGAGGCUGGGGUAGAGGAAGAUGGGGAAAAGUAUGAGUUCAUCGCAGUCGAUGAAGAUGAGGUCGAGGUUCCUGGCAACACCGAGGUUAGAGAUAAUGCUGCUAAGCAAGAGGUGGAUCAAUAGCAUUUGGUGAUCAACUGAGUUCAGCUAGCUUUUCUCAAUUUUGAUGUAUUUUUAAGAACAAUAUAAUUUUUAAUGAAUGAAAAUAAAAUUU